AGAUUAAUGCUUAGUUAUUAGGUACAUAUUAUUUGUAUUUUGUAAUGACGGUAACUGACAUUUCCCGACGGCCGACGCUCUAGUCUUUAAUAAUUGUGUAUAAAUUUCAUUGCACCAACAUCAUUUAUUAAUUAUUAUUUAUGAAUCAUUAAUAUAUAAUAAAAUUAAUCAGUAGUUAAACUUAUUGAGGUGUUAAUCUAACAACAUGGCUAAAGUACAAUUGUCAAAUGUUGUUGUUUUGGAUAAUCCAUCUCCAUUUUUAAAUCCUUUUCAGUUUGAGCUCACUUUUGAAUGCAUAGAAGAUUUAAAUGAAGAUUUAGAAUGGAAAAUGAUUUAUGUUGGCUCAGCAGAGAGUGAAGAACAUGAUCAAAUAUUAGAUACAAUCUACGUGGGUCCUGUUCCUGAAGGAAGACAUAUGUUUGUCUUUGAAGCAAAUCCUCCAGAUGUUUCUAAAAUACCCGUUCAAGAUGCUGUCGGUGUUACAGUUGUAUUAUUAACUUGUUGUUAUCGCAAUCAAGAAUUUGUCAGGGUCGGCUAUUUCAUAAACAAUGAGUAUACAGAUCCCGAGUUACAGGAAAAUCCACCAGCAACUCCACAAUUUGAAAAGAUGACUAGAAACAUUUUGGGCACAGAACCUAGGGUAACUAGGUUUAAAAUUAACUGGGACGAUUCAGAACAGCAAUCAACCAGCAACGGCAUGCAAACCAAUAGUCAAGAAAACGAUAAUUCGAAUCUUCAGGAAAUGGACGAUGAAGUAUCGACCAUGUUGUCUUCGCAUGCUGAGAGUAGUCUUAGCCAAAGCCCAAUGGAAGUAUUGUAAAACCGACUGAUACAGUUUCCAAAAACUAUUACUCUAAUUUUUUAUGUAUAAAAAACAAAAAAACACCAAAAACAAAGCAAUUUUGUAUUUAUUAAAAAAUUAACUCUAUGUUCUAAUGUUAUAACAAAAAAUCAUCUUGGGUUGAAAUAAACUCUAAAAUAUGUUGUAUUUAUAA